UCUAAACUCCUUUUGAAAAAUGCGUACGCGAAUCUUAACCCUAUUUCAUAACCUCUCCAUAAUUUACAAAUUUGGAUUGCAUUAGUAACCUAAAAUCACACAAACCUUAACCUUAUUUUGGCUCCACCAUUGCAACGUGACACCUACGAUGUCUUCUCUGCCGACAAACUUUGUACACCAUCAACCAUCGUCAAACAACAUCUCUUCUAUCUCUCUCCUUUCUCUUUUGAGUCUCUGGCAUCCAUUAGUUACGAGAACCCUCCGUACGCUGUCAAUUGACUCGGUUUCUAGCAAGAAACUGCAAUAUAAACGGAUUUGGAGUUUCUGUUUAAAUCGUGGCGGAGUUUGCAAACCUGCAAUUGCAAUUCUGAAGUUAUUUGGAGCAAACAGAUAUUUUAAAUUACUCUUAAGAACAAAGCUAAAAGAAGUUGGUAAGUCUGCAUUAACAAAAUAUUUCUACCGAAUAACUCAAUUGUCAUAUGAAGAACAUCUCGAUCAAGAAAAUGCUUCAGCAUACAAGAGAUCAUUAAGUCCAAUACCUCCCCAGUUUGACAAUCACAUAGGGUGCUUGUUGGUGAGACUGAACGGGUGAAAUAUUUGUCUCCAUCAGAAUGACAAAAGGUAUGGGUUAUGGAUACUCCAUUUAUAAUAUCUCCAAAGAUAAGUUUUGAAUUUGGUGUUUUACUUCUUGGUGGUUUAUGGCAUUGAAGCACAUGAUAGUCUCAACGUUCAAAAGAAGUAGUUAUGUGUUCAGCAUAAGUAUCAUGAACGAAUGAAGCUUGAAAAGCUCUUAAUGGAGUCAUUGUCUAAAAUUUAUAAAUAAUAGCAUCGUACUUAAAGAUAUUUUUUUACCAAAAAUCUCACUUUUCAACCGAAUAUUGGUUGCGUAUUCUUUUUAAUAUCGUAGAAGUGGGGAAAACUGCUUAUGUCCUACCAAAAGUAUUAAAUUCCUCUCUUGCAAUAUUUGAUGAGUAUUUAUGUAUCUUAUUACUAUCAUUACAUUUGUUUUCAUAUUAUUGAACGACUCCUUUUAUGCAUU